AUGCUUCUCCAAACCAGUGAGGGCCCAGUUGUCAAACAACAUCCUUACUUAUAUGCUCGCGUACUUGGCAUUUAUCACGUCAAUGUCACUUAUAUCGGUCCUGGCAUGAUUGACUAUCACUCACGACAAAUUGACUUCCUAUGGGUGCGCUGGUAUCAAUACGUAGAUAUCGAUGAAGGCUCGAGCCAUUGCACAUCUUUAGAUUGUGUUUACUUCCCUCCCAUGGCAGAACCGGACACGUUUGGGUUUGUAAGCCCUGAUGACGUCCUUAGAUGUUGCCAUCUCAUCCCGCAAUUUGCUCAAGGCUUGCGACGUUUGGAUGGCAGCAGCGUUUCCCAAUGUGCUCAGGAUAAGUCUGACUGGAGGUUUUAUUACAUCAAUUGUUUCGUAGACCACGACAUGUUCAUCUACCGCAGCCACAGGCAUGUAUCAUUUCAAGUUUCUGUGCCUGUUACAUCUCAAGAAUAG